CUCACUUCUCAAGCAUUGAGUCUGCAAUCGUCCUCACAACCUGAUCCAUCCUAUCUUUUCGGCAUCGCUUGUCACCUCCAUCCAUCACCUCUCCUGGCUAUCCAGACUCGACAGCCCGAGUUGUCGUCCGUGCCUCCUCCUCGCGCAGAACUUCCGAAGCAAGUCAACUCCUGCAACGCUCAGGUCGUCCUUCCUAUCCCAUCCUGCCUUCAUUCACCAAACACGCAAAACAUCCAACAUGGCCGUCAGGGAGUACGAGGAACUCGUCAACCACUGCUGCUCGUACUGCUGCAAAGCUGUUGACUUCGGCACUCACGACUACUGCCCGAGCAGCGAGCAUUGCGCCCGCUGCCCGUACUAAGUCAAACCCGCCCGAUUCGGCCAGCUGCAUGCAACGCCGCCACGGACGCAUUAUGCAGGCCGCGCCACAGCGCAGCUGAUACUCUCACCGGUUGACACGGAGCAUCUCUGGGAGGAUGGGGCAUGGAUGGCUGAGCAACAGCAUUUCCUGCCUCUCUCUCCCGCACGUCGAUCUUCAGCCUCUCAGUCCUUA